AUGCAGUACCUUCAAAAAGAACAUGAUGAAAAGGGUAGAAUGAGUAGCGCUCCUGCGUCUCCGGAUCGGUGGAUGAAGCAGAAGGUAGCAGCUAUGAUGAAGAGGCAAAGAACUUAUUAUAAAAUAUGCUGUUUCGCAAGAUAGAGAUAUGGAAGCCAGUGCUGGUCAACACUAAAGGUAAAGUCAACAUAUUUGAGGACGAGAGCAAU